AUGGCGAAUGCCCAGACUACUACCGAGCCCUUGCUAAGUGCAGCUCAUGCUCUCAGCCUCGUAUCUGGAUGGUUCCGGGAAGAAUGGGCCAAUACAUCCAUCGACAAUGUCAGUAUCACCCGCCUCACCAACGGGCUGAUCAACAACCUACAAUUGGUGCGGCGGAACAAUAGUGCCAUCCUAGAGCCAGCCGCUGUACUGAUACGGCACUUCGGCCACGCUGAGGAGAUCAGCGAACUCGAGAGUUGCGAGGAUCCUGAGGGAGAUAGCGUCACUUUAUCAGCUACAGAUCAAUCCAUCGUCUUUUGGGAGAUGGGACCUCGAGAUUGGGGUCCGAAGCUCUAUGGCUUCUUCGAUGGUGGGCGUUUGGAGGAGUACAUCGAUGCACAUAUGUUGAACGCAUCAGAAUGUACGCAACCAGCUAUUGCACGAGAUGUUGCUCGUAGCUAUGCACGAAUACAUUCCCUACGACUAGCAUUCCCGCGCGAUAGCUUUCAGGUCGUCAAACAAGAAUUCAUCGUGAAUAUACGUGAGAAGCGCGAGGCAGUCUUGCAAGCGUUAUCUGUUGUGGCCGAUCGGAGAGCCCGAGAAUAUGCAGCAAUCUUCCGCGAGACUGACUGGACCCAUGAGCUCGAAUGGGUGGCUGAAAUGUUCGAGAAGCACGACUGCGAGGAGACCAUGACACACGGCGAUAGUAACCACCUCAGCGUCCUGGUCAAGAACUACGAGAGCGAAUGUCAAGUCAUGCUCAUCGACUACGAAACGUUCUCAUGGAGCUACCGCGGAUUCGAUAUCGGAGGUCACUUCAACGAGCGUAUGUACUGCUACAUUGACCCGGACACACAACUCACUGGCUAUCCGGCACCAACUCUCCAGGAGCAGAGGUUCUGGUGCGAAGCAUAUCUACAGGAGAUGGAGGACCUGGAGCAGGACAUCACAGAGUAUGACACGGUCGACCAUCUGAUCCUGGAGGCCAGCAUAGGAAGACUGUAUCAUCUGCUAUUCACGAACCUGGUGUGCACGGUCCAUGACGGGGUUGAAAUGGAUCCCUUGUUUCUAUCCGGCUUGACGCAUAUGAUGAGAUUGUACAAGCAGCUGAAAGCGCAAUUCAUUGACGGCCGCGAUAGAACUAGCAUAGGUACUUUUGGAGCUGACAUUGGGACGAUGUAA